AUGGCGACGUACCUCCCCUGUUUCCUCCUUGUAAGCCUUGCAACAGUCGGAUCACCAGACGACUCUCUUCCCUCUAAAUGUUACGUGGAAAAGUUUGCAAUGAUCGAGAUCAUCUGCCCGAACUCUAACAUCACGGCCCUCCCCUCCCAGCUGCCACGCCUGGUGGACACGGUGUGUCUCCAGCAGAACCGGAUCCGAACCAUCAACUUAUCCCGGCUGGGGAACGUCAACAAACUCAACCUCAGUCAGAACAUCCUUACUUCUUUCCCGUGGGAAUCUUUAAAACACAUGAAGAAGAUCACGACGCUUGACGUGUCACAUAACCGGUUAUCCACUGUCAGGCUGGACUUGGCCUUAAAAGACCUGCGGCGACUGAAGUAUGUGAACCUGGCCUACAACAAGCUGGCCACCUUCUCAGAGGCGAACCUGGGAGUUUCGUUUCGAAGCGUGGGACCAUUUGCGUACAGGCAUAUCCAUGGCAACCCGAUUCGCUGCGACUGCCGCAUGGCGUGGCUAUCACAGCUGGCCCGUACGUUUCACCAUUGCCUGCCGUUUAGCUGCACAGCAGCUGUAAGAAACAGCCUGCUGUUCACCAGCUUUGUGUACAGCGAUGUGCUGAUGUGCGACAGCCCCGACAGCCUAAAAGGCGUGCCGGUACACUCUGCCAAUCUGUCGUCAUGUCCAGCCGUACAAGAGACAACCACAAAAACAUAUCUGAAAGUCUCUCCGACAAAUAACACGACAGGGGUGAUCGCUGCGUCUUCUGUGGACGAAGAUUGGAACGAGAACCAAAUCGCAACCUGGAACCAUACUUACAAACCGGAUGGGCAGUUUGAGAACAACACAGGGCCAGGGAUUGCCACGUCUAUCAUCUGUAUCGCACUUCUCGGUGUCUGGCUUGCAUUUCGCAGGUGGCUUUUGUUGUAG